AUCUAGUUAGGGAAUUUAGUUUUGGUACUAGUGACAUAACCUUACUUUUUUUGGUCAUAACCUGUAAGAAAAACCAGCGCGUUAUUUAUUCAAAUAAAAUGGUUAAAACUCUGGAAAAGCAAAAACUAAUUAUAAAAGAUGCUCUCAGCAAUGUCGACGCAAAAGCCAAUAAAAAYAUCAUUUUCGAUGAAAAUCUCGAGGUAUCCAACAAAUCUCGCCUCAAUGGAGGUGCCCCACAGCACGAGCAGCAAAAGCCGCUUUUUGAAAGUGACGACGAAGCCGAUGACGACUUAAAAAUCGAGUUAAAACCUCAGUUUAGUGGCAAYAAGGGGCAUCAACUCUUUGAGUUGCAGUCGAGGUAUAAGGGCGAUAAACGGUUUGCCUUGGAUGAGCGAUUUGUUGAUAAUAACGAAGAAGAGGAAAAUGCUUCAAAAGUUGAAUGCUCACUUGAAGAAGAGAAGAAACAUGAGUUGAACAUCUUAGAGCAAGUAUUGGGGACCAAAAUCAGGACAAGAGAUGUAAAGGUGCAAGAAGACAGUUCAAAGAAAAAAAGGAUGUUGAGGUAUGAUCCAUCACAAUCAGAUCAUGUCAAAUUCCACGUGACUGUGGCCCCAGACGAGUCAGCUUCGAAAAAAAAGGCAAAGAAAAAGAAGAAAGAAGCACAGAAAGAAGAACAGGAACAAGAACAGCCAGUUGUUUCUAAAGAAGUUUUCUAUAAAGUGGAAGAUGAUUUAAAAAGUGCACUUCAAGAAAAGCAAGACUUUAGUUUGUUAAAGUUAUUUGGACAAGAAGAAAAAGAUGAAGUAAUCAACUCCACCGAAGAUUAUGAAACACAAACAAAUAAUAAAAUACGGAAUCACGGGUUUUUAAAUGAGAAUCCCUUUCACUAUGACUCUUCAGAUGAUGAAGUGGAAGAACCUGAAGUUGAAAAAGUUACAAAAAAGAAAGAAUUUGAAACCAGCGUACAAACGAACACAGUUAAAGCUUGGUUUGAGCCAUUCUUUUUAAAGGAGGAUGAUUAUCGGUUACAAGAAGGGUCUGACUUUGUGAAAAGAUUAGCUUCAGAGAAGAAAUCUGAAUUUAGCCAGCAAAGAAGAGAUAUAAAGGAUAUUGUUAAGGCGAAAGUACGAAACAAUCAAAGAAAAAAUAAUCCGUUCAAGAAAAAAAUUGGAGGAAGUAAACGAAAAAAGAUGAUUAGAAUAAAAAAAGCAAUGAAAAAAUGACAUGCACGGCUGUAGUUCAUAUCCAUAUUUUUUAAUAAUAAUAAUUUUUACUCGUUA